AUGACGCAACAUACCCCCGAGUUCCUCCGACAGCGCAGCUCCAACAUGUCUCUGCGCAUGGCCGCCGUGGCCAACGCAUCCAGUGCGACCUCGCCCGUCCCCUUUGAAGCACGAUUCGACGCACAGGAGAGGCAAAACACGGUCGCCGCAAGAGAUCUCAAGCCUGAGGACUAUACAAAACCAUUUUGUGAAUUUCUGCAAGAAAACCCCACCGUCUUCCACGCUGUGGACUACUUCAAGUCCAAGGCAUUCAAGCAUGGUUAUACCGAGCUUUCGGCUCGUGAGGACUGGUCUGGCAAGAUUGUACCCGGUGGCAAAUAUUUCUCUACGCGCAAUGGUAGCACCAUUAUCGCCUGGACGGUCGGCAAGGCUUACAAGCCCGGAAAUGGUGUUGCCAUGAUCGCUGGCCACAUUGACGCAUUGACGGCAAAAUUGAAGCCCGUCAGCUCCAAGCCCAACAAGCAAGGCUAUAUCCAGCUCGGCGUUGCCCCGUAUGCUGGUGCCCUGAACGAGACAUGGUGGGAUCGUGAUUUGAGCAUCGGCGGCAGAGUCAUUGUUCGUGAGGAGUCAGGCAAAACGUCGAGCAAGCUCGUAAAGCUAGACUGGCCCAUUGCCAAGGUUCCGACACUUGCACCUCAUUUUGGCGUUGGUAUGCUAGGUUCAAAUAACAAGGAAACCCAAGCCGUUCCGAUUAUUGGACUGGACAACUCGGACCUGUACCCGACUACCAACUCAGCUCCCGCGGAAGCUCUUGGUCCUGCCGGGUCAUUCGUAGCAACGCAGCCUCCCAAGCUCGUCAAAGUGAUUGCCAAGCAGCUGGGCCUCACGGACUACUCUCAGAUCGUCAACUGGGAAUUGGAGCUUUUCGACCUCCAACCUGCUACGGUUGCUGGCCUGGACAAGGAGUUCAUCACUGGAGGUCGGAUCGACGAUAAGCUCUGCAGCUGGGGUGCCUUUGAAGGUUUACUGGCAUCAACACAAGGAGAGGAUGAAGGAACAGUCAAGCUCGUAGCGCUCUUUGACGAUGAAGAGAUUGGUUCCUUGCUCAGACAAGGUGCCAAGGGUAACUUCAUGCCUCUUGUCAUUGAACGUUCCGUGGAGGCCCUUUCCGAGAAGGCGGGUAAGGCUUUCGGUCCCAGUACUGUUGGUCGUACAUAUGCCAACUCAUUUCUGGUCUCGGCUGAUGUCACACAUGCUGUCAAUCCCAACUUCCUCGAACGUUAUCUCGCUGACCAUGCACCGCGGUUGAAUGUGGGCAUCACCAUUUGCGCUGACAGCAAUGGCCACAUGACCACCGAUUCCGUGUCGACGGCCAUUUUGACCCGAGUGUGCGAGCUUUCCGACUGCACGCCGCAGGUUUUUAUGAUUCGUAACGACUCCAGGAGUGGCGGGACUGUCGGCCCAACUCUGAGCAGCAUGAUGGGAGUCAGGGCCGCCGAUGCUGGCAUGGCUCAGCUUAGCAUGCACUCGGUUCGGGCGACCACUGGUGCUUUGGACCCUGGUCUGGGCGCCAAGUUCUUCAAGGGCUUUUUGGACCACUGGGAAAAGGUCGAUGGAGAAUGGACGCAGUAA